AUGAAAGACCAGGACCAAAGCAAGAAACCACUUUUUCAGGAUUCCAGGUUAGAGUGGGAGGAGAAAGCAAGUAUACCUGUCUAUGCAAUUUCCAGGCAUUCCUCAAGCUCAGAGAUUCAAGAAGGUACAGCACAUUUCUUCCACCCUCUUUCAUAUUCAAGCUGGAGAGGGGUAGGCUGAAGCAUGUGCGGUUGUCUCUGUCUGCCAGGCACUCUGAUUUCAAAGCACCCAGCAGGUACAGAGGCAAAAUAAUACGACACCCCUCUGCUUUUGUUCAGCUUCAAGCUGAACAUUGUUUCUAUGCCUAUUGGUCAUUUCCUUCAACCUCUCCAAGCUUGGAGCUGGAGAGGGAAGUAGAGGAAUUGCCUGUGAUCUAUGCUAUGUUUCAGAAAUGCAGCAGAAGGUCAGGGCAGCUCCUGGAAACCAGCAUGCCCACCAAAAAUUUGUGGAUACCUGCCAAAGAGACAUAGGUGAGGAAAAUGAAAUUCUGAACUAGUGCUAGCUUUGAAGAAAAGGGAGAAGAAUCAUGUUCCACAUUGCCAAAAAUAUAUAUAAAUGAUUGCCACUUCCAUUAUAGUUCUUCCAGCAGAUAUAUUAUGCUUAACAUAAUAUAAAUUUAGUUAAUACAGGUUUUUUUCCUCCCAGUGUAUGAUUUCACAAGUAGGAAAUGUUAUCUCAAGGUAUCUGUUUAGGUAAUGUAGUGCUCAAGAGUUUCAAACUGCAGUAAAUACAGGGUCUUACUGUAUGUUGUUAACAUACGGUAAUUUUUUGUGAACACGCUGCUUGUUUUUGAACAGCAUUGGAGAAUGUGUAGCUUCAAUUGCAUGCUACUGCCACCUAGCAUCAGUUAAUAGCCUUGUGCUUAGAUCUCUGAAAUUUCCAGGGGAAAAACUGCAUUUGAAUUUUGAUUUACUUUUUACAAUGGCUAUGAUUCCUUUUUUUAAUCAGAGAGGUAUAAAUAGUUAAUUUACUUGAAAUAGUCCCUCUCUUUUUAAAAGGUUUUGGUUCUUGUAGAUGUAAGUCAGUUCCAACCCAAACCUUUAAGUCAGAUAAACUAUUUAUAUGUGAACUUCAUGCUGGUUUGAAUGAAUGUUUCUGUGCCUGAAGAAUUGUUACAGAUAGGUAUAUAAUUCCAGAGGGUGCCCAGAAUAUUGUACAUUCCCAUUCUGGAAAUCAAGCACAGUAAUGCUAAGCCUCGGACUCCUUGCUCUUCUUGCUGUGGAAACUUCGUCACAUCUAGCUGUACAGUCUUCUUUGUAUCCAGUAAUUAGCAUAUUUGAUGUAAUUAUGAAAUUAGUCAUCCCCUACAUGACUGCACGUAAACCUCUGCCUUGUCUAAGCACCAGGAGGUUUGUUACGCUGCAUGACAACAUGUAGAGAAGUAAUUGAGAGAGAUUGCAACUGCAGAUGAAAGUUUCUAAUGCAGGUUGCUUUGCGAGAAGCACAAUCUGCAAACUUGCACGGUAUUACUCUAUUGAAAAUCAAUGCUGCAGUGAACAAUUAUCCUGUAUCUGUUGUCUUUUGAUGUUGUGCGCUAAUUUAUACUUUUCUAAAAUAUGAUAUGUUUAAGCAAUUUUGCUAAUAAGUGGAAACUGUACACUUACAUUGUUACUUUAUAUAAUAAAUCCUUUAUGGGCUGUAAUACCAAAUGUUAAUCAAUAGACAUGCCAGAAUAGCUUCCAAUACAACCUUGUAGAGUUUCUUAAAUUAAUCCUUAUUAAAAAUAUUGACUUGUUGUGACUUACUAGGCUUGCAACUGACAGAGUUUUUCAUCCUAAUUAGGAGGUUAGGCUCCAGCGCUUAGACUGCAGAUAAUAAUCCAAUGAUUGUUUGUCUUGAAACAUGAAAAUCAAAUUUUGCCAAUUGUCACAAUUAUGGAAAUUACUCAGGCUCUUAAAAACUCUUCUCUAAAUAUGUUUUCUUUUAAACAGACUCAAGCAGUGCUACUCAAGAGGAUUUCUAAUAAGGCAAACCAAAUGGCAUUCUCAUAUUAAACACCACAUCAAAACCUAUAACCUCAAAUUGAAAGUAUUUCAGGAGCACAGUAAUUUUAUUAUAUUUAUAAUUAAGUCGUGCUCUAUUAUCUAAACUUUUUAGUGGACUGCAUGGUGACAUUACAUUACUGGCAACCAUGGUUAAUAUUUUUUCUUACUAAUUUGAUAAUGAAAGUAUAUAUAUUAUCCUUGUGUUGCUUUUUUAACAGCAAAAAUAUAAAUAUAAAGGAGUUACUCUGCUCACCCCAGAAAUAUUUUUUUUUUAAAUUGGGGCUAUAGAUUUUUAUGUCUUCUUUUCUAUAAAUAUUCAUUUGGUAGAUUUUUAGAUACAUAUUCAUGCUUGUGUGUUAAAAGAAAUGUUGUGUUUUCUUUUUUAUAAAUUGAGUGACUCUUCAUUUGACAGUUUGAUUUUAAAGAUUAUACUCUGCCUCCCUUUUUCUACUGUAGCAAAUAUAGUGCAAAUAUUGUGAAAUGGUCUCUCAUUUUUAAAUACACAAUGCUGGGUCAUGUUAUAUGUUGAAUACGAAAUUGGAGAAAAUUCAAUAUUACACCUGAGGAGCAUAUAAGUCUAUUAUUAAAAUACAGAAAGGUGAUUUGGUGUUAACACUACUUUAAUCAUUUACUGGAAGCAUAGAAAAUGCAACUUUAUGAGCAGCUCCAAGCAUACAAUACUUACAAGUUUUUAAAAACUCACCACCUUAUAUUUUAAAACAUAUUUACCUUAUUUUAAACAUAUUUCUAUAAAAACAUAAUUUAAGUAUUUAAAAGAUAAAUGUCACACACACACACAUCACAUUCUUUAACAUCCCUACUUUUUAAAAAUCAUUUUGUCCUUAAAAAUAAUGUAAGAAUGAUGUUUUUAAUUAGAAAUUAGUCAACACACCAAAACUGAACUAUUAAUUACGAUGCAAUUUCUCUGCUGACAUAAACUCCAUUAUUAUUAUCUACUUACAUUUUCUUUUCUCUGUUAAUUCUAAACCCCUUGCUAAGUUAUAUAAUGAAAAUAUUUUACUCUGUGCAUAUAACUGAUUAUUAUGCAGUACUGCAUGUUAAAUGAGCAAUAAGGAAUGUGAAAUUAAUAUUCUUAUAGAGUACAAUGGUACGGAAUCUAUUUGAAAGAAUAGGAUUUCCCACCACAACUUCACUUCAAAAUACAAUUUUUAGUUGUGAGUGCAUGUUCCUGUGUAUGUGUAUUUUGAAAGUGUAUUACUUUAAAGAAUUAUUGUAUAGAAAACAGGUGCAGUAUUAUAGAAUAGCGUCAGGAAGCAGCACGGUUGGACACACUAAAGUGGAAAGGAGCAAUGAUUGAGUUGACACUCUUAAGAAAGCCUGUCCCUUGACCUUUGGAAAGAGUUUGUGUGGAUACAGGGCUGUAAUAUGGAGAAGAGCUAUAAAAAUUGUGUUGCACAAGCAGAAUUCUGCUUAUUCUUCUGUGAAUCCAACCCAAUAAUCAUUUUACUGCGAAAGUUGGCUGCAAUUACUUGCAUUCUGUGGUGUUGUCAAUUAUACAACUUUUUUCUUCUUCAAAUAACACCCCAGUGGUUUUAGAUCUAAGGCCUCAAAGCCAGACAGUAAAACUGCAUCAUUCAUGUACUUCCAAACUAUACUCUAUGCACUGUGUUUUGGUUCAUUGCACUAAUCCAUGCUGGAUGUAGGCUGUUCAGUGUAUUGACUAGUGAUCAGCAGUGCUGUUCUAGAGUGUAGACAGACCCGAAUCAAUGGGCUCAAUUUACAACAGAGAUUCUGGUUAAACAUUAUAAAGAACAUUAUAAGCUUUGCCUCAGCCUUGAAAAUUUAGAAUGCAUUACUAACAAUGAAGGCCACCUUACAGUAUUUGCUGUGUCACCUAAUUUAAAAACGUAAUAAUCAUGGGUCCUUUGGGGUGAAAAGGAGUCAUUGUCCUUCUGUGUUAGUACAAGUGUCUAGUUUUCCUUCAGCUUUUGCACUUCCGGAAAGUUGUUGCUCAGUUUUUGUUUUAAAAAGCUAUCAUUGUUAUUUAUUUUGAGUAUUUAUAUACCAAUUUUCAUUUUUAAAAAUCACAAAAUAAAUUGAGAAAUACAAUUUUGAGGGGGAAAUGCGGUUUAAAAUUGCAUAUUAGUAAGGAAAUCGGAUUUAACAGAUUUAAGAGUGAGCACAUGGGUUGAAAAUAACCACUUCAGUCAUCUUAAUGUUGUGUGCAGCUAAAUUCUGCACAAAUAGAUAAACAAUAAAAUGUGUCUAAUAAAGUCUAUGAAGCAAUUGAUACUCAAGUGCUGUUUUGUCCGACUGCCCAAAUAAUCCCAUUCAGUUCCCAAAAAAGAAAAUUAUUUUUUUACUUUUUUAAUAAAAUAUUUUCCCUAGAUAGACACUUUAGAAAUAAUUAGGCAUUAGUUUUCAUAAAUACUAAAAGUAUGUGUUAAUUCAGUUCCAAAUAUGUGAACCAUACACUCUUUGAUAUUUGCCUGAAAAGAUUCAUUAUUAACAAAUGCUAUGAGAAAGUACUCUUUCAAAAUUGGUGAAGCACCUGAAUGCUUUUAAUAAGUGGUUGUCAUCAUUUUUUAGAGUCUUAGUUAAGCCUACAAACCUUCCCUGGCAGCUUUCAACUUGUAAAUUUUAUAUUCUGCAAACCUGCAAUACUAUCUCUCCUUUAAUAAUAAUGUACUUAACUUGGUUAGAUAUGCUUUCUUUACGUCUGUAUUUUUAUUGAUUUAAAGCAGGUGAUCAUGAUCGUGCAUACAGUAGCUCUUGCAUGCAAUGUGUAUCCUUGUAAAAAGGCACGCUAUAUGAGGUGUAAAUAGAAUAAAUUAAUUGUUCUAAUAGUUUUUUACAUUUACGCAUAUACUCAGGAAAAUGACCCAAGUAAUCUCUAGACCUAGACCCCAUGUGCGCUGCACCUUUGAAGCAGUAUCACACCACUUUAAAGAGUCAUGGCUUUCAUCAAAGAAUGCUGGGGAACUAUAUUUUGCUGAGAGUUCUUGGGAGAUCCUUAUUCCCCAUACAUAGGUAGAAUUCCCAGAGUUCCCUAGGAAGAGAGGUUAACUAAUAAGCCACUCUGUGAGCGCUGAUCAUCACAACUGGGUGGAGGGACAUGUCUUUCCAGUCCAACAGCAAGAGAAUAAAAAAUCAUGAUUUGAUACACUAUAAGUAAACACAAUUUAUUUAUAACCAGCAGUUGAAUGUAUUGUUACUUUGUCUGAUAUUUUGUUAAUGUGUGAUUUCAUUCUGAUGAAAAUGGGACUAGAUAACAUGUUUUUCUAGUUAGGACAUAUUAUAAGAGCUGAUACAUAACCCAGUUAAUCUUUAAAUCCUUGUACAGUGGUACCUCGGGUUACAUACGCUUCAGGUUACAGACUCCGCUAACUCAGAAAUAGUGCUUCAGGUUAAGAACUUUGCUUCAGGAUGAGAACAGAAAUCGUGCUCUGGCGGCGUGGCGGCAGCAGGAGGCCCCAUUAGCUAAAGAGGUGCUUCAGGUUCAGAACAAUUUCAGGUUAAGUACGGACCUCUGGAAGGAAUUAAGUACUUAACCCGAGGUACCACUGUAUUGAAGAUGGUGACUGCAGUUGUAUUGAAGUCACUAGUUUUGGGAAAGUAAAAUGUAAUACAGUGGAACCUCGGAUUACAUACCGUCUUCCUUACGAAUGCUUCAAGUAACGAGCUCCGCUACCCCGGAAGUAGAUGCUCCUGGUUGUGAACUUUGCCCCGGGACGCAAGCAGAAGUCAUGUGCCAGCGGCACGGCAGCAGCGGGAGGCCCCAUUAGCAAAAGUGCGCCUCAUGUUAAGAACGGUUUUGGGUUAAGAACGGACCUCCGGUACGAAUUAAGUUCGUAACCGGAGGUACCACUGUACACCCCAUAAUAAAAACUAAAACUGCAGAAUUUAUCACAAUAGUCACUCAUCUGGGACUCUGGGUGGGCGGCCGUUGCCGCAUGGUGCAGCCAUGGUGGGUUCAGAGGUGCCCUCUUCCGGCAUUCAGGGACCAAAGGUUCCAUUUUUAGUUUAAGACCUAUUAGCUGACCUACCAAAUUUCUUGCUUUUGAGAUACACCUAAUUUUUAGCUCUAACUCUCAACUGAAACAGAUUUUUGCCAUUGUUCUAGCAUGUUCCCCAUUCACAAAUAUUUCCUGAACAGUUUCUAUUUGUUUUACUGAACUUUUUCAACUGUAUACAGAGUAUGAGAUGAAUUGUUACAUAAAUACUCAGUGUAUAUAGUCUUAUGUCCCAAUGGUCACUAUGUGCACCAUCUGGAGAGAGAAAAAAGAAUCACUUCAUAUUCUUGGCAAGUAAGUUGUUGGCUAUGUUAGGUGGGGGGCGGAGAUUCACUUCAUAACACAGCUCAGGUCCAUUGCAAGCUAACUGACUUCCAGUUUGUCAGAUAAGUUCUCCUUUGUAACCUAAUUUAGUAAUAUGAAUAGACAGAAUAAUAUAAUGAUAUACUUUGGAAAAAUGACAAAUGCUUAAAUAUGCAGCAUUUUUAUUAUUCCAGUAUUGCAGCUCACAGAGAAAAUGAUAAAAUUAAAUACUUUUUUUGACUUAAAAUUGCAGAAUAUAAUAUCCCAUACAAUGAGUUGAAUACAAAUUCAGGUCUUAAUUUCAUACCUUCGCUUAUUUUUGUUUUGUUUUCACUUGAAGUCAGCUAAUAUGGGGGGAAAGGUAGCUGUAUGAACAUGCAGCAGUCCAUAGGCUUAGUUACUGAGGGCUUGGUUACUGAGAUUGUGAUCCUUCAGUCCUCAUGUUGAAUGGCAGUUAAAUAAUUGCAGGGUUUGGGCCUUAUUUAUUUUCCCAUCAAACCCCCUGUCACAUCAGUGGAGAGUUUGCCUAAAUGAAGCAUGAAAAAGGUGGCCUUUCUUGCACUGGGAUCACUGCUAGUCACUAUCAACCUUGUGUGAUUUAUUGGGAGAUGUGCAAGCUGAAAAAUAAUGACCUGAUGUUAUAGGACAAAAUGACUCUCAUGAAAACCCUUUCCAGGUUAAAGUGGUAGAAGUCAACCCAUAAGGCAACUAUAAAUACUUUCUGAAAGUCAUUUUAAAAACAAGUCCAUAGGAAGGGGUUUCUACAGUGUGAUGAAAAGUACCGUAGUUAUUCCUGAUUUUAGUGAAAGUUACCUAUGGAAGGAUGUGAUCAAUUAAUUGUGGUUUUUUAUUUGUAAAUGCUUCCUGUUAAACCAAUCUGAAUAUAUCACACUUUUAGCUUUGCUUCCUACUUUUCCAGUCCCUGUUAUACUUUUGAUCCUUCAAUAAAUAACAGCAAAUACUUAUUUUCUUGCAUUUCAUGCUAUUCUAUUACUAUGGUAAAAGUCCCACAUAUCAUGAUUAUACAUGUGAAUUCAUUGACUUCAACACUAUGAACCCGCAGCAUUUAUUCUUAGCAAAUAUAGCAUUAUUAUGUAGCUAUGUUUUGAUUUAUAUGAAUUUUCUUAAUCUUAAAAUUCUGAAUAAUAUAAUCCUCACAGUUCACUCACCUUCCUGGGUGGGCGAUGUUACGGCCAGGCCACAGACUAUGCAAGUGAUCUGACCAAUGGCAGCCUGGAUCACCCGGCUGCCGGCUGUCCUUGUUUUGGUGUUCCCCUGGCAGUGGGCCCAACCAGACAAUGGGGACGCUUGGGCCUGCUCCCAGGGGUUGUUAAACUGCAGCCUGUCUGGCAGUCAUUCCUGCCUUUUCGUCAGUUCUGCCUUUGAUCACCAACCUCUCGUUUCCCCUUCUUGGGCAAAGUUCUUGAAUUCUGGUCACAGGCCAGAUCUAGGAUCCAUUGGAGUAAUCUGAUUUCAAUCAUGUUUUAGGCUGUUUUGGCAUGGAAACUAUUUUGGUUGCCCUGUCAGGAGAGAGACAGAGGGAGAGUGUCCCUGUUAAUUCUCCUUAGUCUCUAAACAGCUUUCAAUAUCACCAACCCAGAUAUCCUUCUGGAGCUGCUAUUUGAGCAAGGGUGGAAAGCAUCAUUAUGCAGUGUUUCCAGUCCUAUUUAGGUGGUCAUUUUCAGAGAGUGGUGCUUGGAGAGUGUUGUUCGGACACAUGGAGCCUUCAGUGCGAAGCUCCACAAGAUUCAAUAUUAUCCCACAUGAAACCAUUGAGUGGGGCUGUCCAGAGUUUUGGCACACACAGCAUUAUGCUGGCGACAUAUAGUAGGUCUGCCAUUACCCGGAUUUCGAAGGUGGAAUCGACGUCCGGGGGGAUUUCUGAAAGGUGGCACUUUCUUAGGCAAGUCAAUUGAAAAAUUGCAGGUUUUUGAUGUUUUUGUUUUUAAAAAGCUUUGGGGUCUUCCUGGUUUUUACUUUUUGAAAUAUGUCAACCCUAACAUACAGUUCUGCUGCUCCUUUGCAACUGCAGGUGUGGGAGUGAAUGUGGUGGGUUGAUAUCUUGUCUUCGUAAUGAACUGAAUCAUAGAAUCAUAGGAUUGUAGAGUCGGAAGGUACUCCAAGGGUCAUCUAGUCCAACCCCCUGCAAUGCAGGAAUAUAAUAUUCUCAACUAAGGAAUCCCUGACAAAUGGCUAUCCAAUCUCUGCUUAAAAACCUCCAAGGAAUGAGAGUCCAUGAUCACUCGUACUCAAGUAAGAUUGCCUUUCAUGAACACUGUCUUAACACUGAGUCUGUAAGUGACUGUGGAGGCAAAUUCUGGAUCCACAGUGGGGACAUAGAUUUCCAGGUGGGAAUUGAUCAUGGUGAGGGUUUGCCAAAUGUACCUUUCUCUUAGCACAUUUCUCCCUUUCGUCUCAAGUUCGAGCAUCUUCAAAGUCCAUGAUACCGUUGGAAAAUGCUGUUCUUCAAUUGGAGCCACCACAGGCCAGUGUUUCCCAGUUGUUGGUGUUUAUACUACUUUUUUGCCUUGAGUGAGUCUUUAAACCUCUUUUGUUGACCACCAGCAUUAUGCUUUCCAUUUUUAAGUUCAGAAUAAAUACCGUAUUUUUUGCACCAUAACACUCACUUUUUUCCUCCUAGAAAGUAAGGGGAAAUGUCUGUGCGUGUUAUGGAGGGAAUGCCUAUGGGUGGCAUGCCUACAGAUUUUCCUCCUCUAAAAACUACGUGCGUGUUAUGGUCGGGUGCGUGUUAUAGAGCGAAAAAUACGGUAGUUGUUCUAUUCAGGCAUCCGAAUAACAUGACCAGUCCAACGAAGUUGAUGUUGAAGAAACAUUGCUUUGACACUGGUGAUCUUUGCUUCGCCCAGUUCACUGGCAUUAGUUCACCUGUCUUCCCAAGUGGUAUGUAAAAAUUUUCAGAAACAGCAUUGAUGGAGUUGGAGAUGGUGGUCCAUGUUUCACAAGCAUACAGUAAAGUUGGUAGAACAAUAGCUUUGUAAACAAGCAUUUUGGUUUCCUUGUGAAUGUUCUGGUCCUCAAACACUCUGACUUCAGUCGGAAGAAAGCUGCAUUUACAGAGCUCAGGCAAGGCUGGAUUUCGGCAUCAAUGUCAGUCCUUGUGGUGCAGCACUUUGGUUUUUGGGAUGUUGAGCAAUAGGCCAAGCUUUCUGUAAAGGUAAAGGUACCCCUGACUGUUAAUUCCAGUCGCGGACGACUCUGGGGUUACGGUGCUCAUCUCGCUUUAUUGGCCGAGGGAGCCGGCGUACAGCUUCCGGGUCAUGUGGCCAGCAUGACUAAGCUGCUUCUGGUGAACCAGAGCAGCACACAGAAACACUGUUUACCUUCCCGCCGGAGCGGUACCUAUUUAUCUACUUGUACUUUGACGUGCUUUCGAACUGCUAGGUGGGCAGGAGCAGGGACCAAACAAUGGGAGGUCACCCCGUCGAUGGGAGCUCACCCCGUUGAAGCUUUCUGUAAGCUUCUGCAAAGAUAUUUAGGAUGGUUUGGAGGUCAUCCUCUGAGUGUGUGCACAUUACGUUGUCAUCAGUAUAUUGAAACUUUAUGAUAGAAGGUAGGGUAACCCGACUCUUUGCUUUUAACCUAUUCAAAUUAAAGAGCUUUCCAUCUGUUCAAUAUAUGAUUUCUACCCUGGUGGGGAGUUUCCCUUUGACAAUGUGUAGGAUAAUGGCAAUGAAAAUAAUAAACAGAGUUGGGGCGAUAACACAACCCUGUUUAACACCUGAUGCCACUGUGAAUGGUUCACUUUGAGAGUCAUUGUUAUCUGCAAUUGUUGCUGUCAUGUUAUCAUAGAGGAGCAGAAGGAUAUUCAAAAAUUUAUCUGGGCAGCCGAUUUAUUGUGUCAAAGGCCUUAGUCAGGUCAAUAAAUGCCAUAUACAGGGGUUGGUUUUGCUCUCUGCAUUUUUCACUGCUGUUCAGCAGUGAAAAUCAUGUUCACUGUCCCCCUAGAAGGCCAAAAACCAUUUUGGGAUUCAGGAAGGGUAGCCUCGGAUAUAGUUAGGAGAUGGUUUGCUAAGAUCCUUGCAAGAAUUUUGCCGACCACAGCUAAUAAAGAGAUCCCUCGAUAGUUUCUGCAAUCUGUUGUAUCACCUUUUUUUAAAAAAAGGUUGAUAAUUUUGGCAUCCCUUAAGUCUGCUGGGAUCUCUUCUCUCCCAGAUUUUUUUGAUGAGCUUGUGAAGUUGUGUAAGUUCAAUUCUGCCCACUUUGAAGACUUCGGCAGGUAUCCUAUCAGGUCCUCUGACUUUCCUGUUUUUCAUUUGGUUAAUAGCUGUAUACAAUUCUCCAAGAUUUGCAGAUACUGCCACCACCCUCUGAGUUCCAUUUCAGUGUCGAGCAGCUCUUACCAUCAGAAAGUUCUUCCUGAUGUUUAGUCGGAAUCUCAUUUCUUGUAACUUGAAUCCAUUGGUUCAGAUCCUACCCUCUGGAGCCAGAGGAAACAAGCUUGCUCCAUCUUCCAUGUGACAGCCCUUCAGUUAUUUGAAGAUGGCUAUCAUAUCUCAGCUCAGUCUUCGCUUAUCCAGGCCAAAUAUCCCCACCUCUUUCAACCAUUCCUUAUCAGGCUUGGUUUCCAGACCCUUUAUCAUCUUGAUCACCAUCUUGGUCACCCUUCUUGCACACGUUACAGCUUGUCAAUAUCCUUCUUAAACUGUGGCACCCAGAACUGGACAUAGUACUCCAGAUGUGACCCCGGCAGAAUAGAGUGGUACUGUUACUUCUAUUGAUCUUGCAUCUGUUGGUGCAGCCUAGAAUACCAUUAGCUUUUUUUGCUGCUGCAUUGCAGUGUUGACUCAUGUUAAGCUUGUGUACGAGAGCCAACAAACCACUUUGAGUAUUUGGGGUGGUAUCCCCCCCAUCAAGUGGUAUAUAAAUUUAAAUAAGUAAAUAAAGUAAAUGGAAUGGAGUAUCUUUGAAGACACCAUGGUCUACUGGCUAGAACCAUGAACAGAAGCACUGAGCAUUUUGUUGUAGGUCCUCCUUGUAACAUUCUCUAGAUGAUUUAUUAGAGUGCUUCUAAAAGAAUAUGGGACACGGGUGGCGCUGUGGUCUAAACCACAGAGCCUAGGGCUUGCCGAUCGGAAGGACGGCAGUUCGAAUCCCCACAACGGGGUGAGCUCCCAUUGUUCGGUCCCAACUCCUGCCCACCUAGCAGUUCGAAAGCAUUUCAAAGUGCAAGAAGAUAAAUAGGUACCACUCCGGUGGGAAAGUAAAUGGUAUUUCCGUGUGCUGCUCUGGUUCGCCAGAAGCAGCUUAGUCAUGUUGGCCACAUGACCCGGAAGCUGUCUGUGGACAAACGCCGGCUCCCUCGGCCUAUAGAGCAAAAUGUGCACACAACCCCAGAGUCGUCUGCAGCUGGACCUAACAGUCAGGGGUACCUUUACCUUUAAAAUAAUAUUGUUCUUCUAAUUUUUGCAACAUAUUCAGAUACCUUGAUUGAUUGAUUGAUUGAUUGACUGAUUGAUUGUUGCCCUGACCUUUAUCAACAUAUAUUGCACCAUACCUCUGUUUAGGCCUUUCUUCCUGGUUUAGUGUUUAUCAUUGUGGAUUUUGUAGGGAUAUUGAGACAUAUAUGGAUUUUGCUGAAUGUAUCUGGGCCAUGCUGAAGGAUAGUUUCUAUUUUAAUACACCUUCCCUUAUGCAUAGAAUUCCUUUAAAAAAAAUAUAUAUGUAAAAAUACUGUGAGUAAUAUCCAAUGUUAGUCAUACUCAGAACAGACCAAAUGAAAUGAUUUUGACAAUUCACUUCAAUAUGUCUUCUCUGAAUAUAUCUUAGUUAGGUAUCACUGUAUACAUAUUUUUCUUGAAAAGUGAAAUGGACAGUGUAAGUUUUUUAUACUAGAGCAACAUUUAUUUUGUAGUUAUCUUGUUUGUUCAAAUUCAAUGGCAUUUUUUUAUCAGGGCAGUUUAAAGUAAAAUAUUUAAAAUAUACAUAAACACUGUAUAUAUAGUUACCCUCAUAAAGCUGGACCCUUGACUACUCAUAUAUUCACCAGCAAUUAAAGUAUUCAUUGAAACUAGAGUGAGAAACAAUUACUAAAGAGAAAUUCUUAAGCAUGGAACCAUAGGUUAAUUAACAUUUUUAAUACAAUUAAAAGGUCAGAAUAUUAUAUUAAAUAUUUGAACGCAAUUUCAAUGAAUUAAUUUAAGAGAUCAUCUAUAGAGCUAAGAUAAAUGCUCUUUACCAACACAUACAGCAUCUUAACAAAAAAAUUGGCUAACUAUACUUGACUGGUGAAAUAUGCUGUAAGAUAACAUAGAAUAUAUUAAACAUAAUGGGAAGAAGAACAGAUUAUAAUAGAUGGAAAUUGGCAAGAAAUGAAAGAAUUGUUCAGUAAGGCAAACAUACCAUCUUGAUGAGAAUUUUCAUAGAAAUACAAUGAAAGUAUAUUGCCUCUGAACUACAAAAUCAUGCAUCUCAUAACUACUCCCCCCCCCUCUGCAAAAUUAUGGUAACUGUGUGUCAAGGACCCGCCACCCGCUUAGAGAUAAAAUAAGACACAAGGACACAUGUAUUUUAGGUCAGUGGGUUAAAUAAGGCCACAACUUUAUUGAUUACAGCAUGUGAGUGGUAUUGGCUUAGGCACUGGAUCAAACAAACUAUACUUGACUCAACCCCGUCCAGCAGGAAGUCAUUUUGAGGGUUAACAACCAGUGGGAGGAGCUUGUUGAUGCAAAUACAACUGGAAGCUUCCCCUGACGUCACCGGGGGUUGUGCCGUGGCCCUAGCCACCAGCAGGGCAUCGGACAGGGUCCACGACCGCCGGAUCCCUUUAACAGAAUACCCAAAAGGAGGAGGAGAUGAUGGCCACAAGCUGCCCUCCAACACACCACCCAUAUUCCAAUGCCUAACCGCCACCCGAGGAGAGGUCUUGCUCUAAACCAUUUCCAAACCAUUUCUGUGUUCAGAGCUGCUUUUGGGAGUGAUUUGGUUGCCCUGAUUGAUGACCUUCAUUUGAAGAUAGACAAAUGGGAGUUUGACCCUGCUGCUUCUGUACAUUCUAUCAUCUGCUUUUGAUACCAUCAACAUAGUAUCCUCCUAGGAGAUAGAUAUUUGGAGACACUUCUUUAGUGAUUAAACUACUGCUUCCAGGAACAGGGAGAAAAAAACAUUGGAUAAGUGUUUCUUAGUCCUCUGGAUCUUGAGCUCUGAGGGCCACAGGGCACUAUAUUGUCUCCUAUGCUAUUUGAUAUCUGUAUAAAGCCAUUUGGAGCUGUCAUUAGGAGAUUUGGAGUGAGGUGUAAUCAUAUGCUGAUACUAAGCUUUUAUUUUUCUGUAACUUCACAAUCAUGAGUGGCUAUGUGUCUGGAUGCAGUAGUGGGCUGAUGAACUGAAUCUGAAGAUGGAGGGUGAGUGGUUCCUGAGUUCCCAACAUCGAGCCUAGGCCUAAGCAUGCACUGAUCUCUGGAUUGGAGCACUAGGCUUUAAGUAGUAUUUUAUGCAUAGGUAUCUUUAUUGGGAUGGUAGGCUGUAAAUAAGGUAGGCUGUAAAUAAGGCAAUGUAUUUCUGCAUUCUGUGGGUGGACCGGGGGGGGGUUCAGUAAUAGGAUUUUUUUUUACUGAAUUCAUAAUAGUUUCAAUUUUACCAUUUACUAAUUUGAAAAAAUGAUUGUAUUAAAUGUAAUAUACUGAUGAUUAGCUGAAGUUCAUAAAAGAACUUCAAAAGAACUUGGUAGCAGGAUAUAAAAUAGUAAAUAAAGGUAUUGAAUUUUCCCCUUUUGGAAUUCAAUUCCUUAUUCAUUAAAGGUUUCAGUUGUCCAUUUCUUUGUGUGUUUUUUUACCUUUUGCUUUUUUAGAGUUUUUACUGCCCGCUUUGAAAUGUUAGGACAAAGGUUCACGGUAGGAAGUUGUUUUAUUUCUGACAAAGUUUUGUGUGCAUAAAGCACUGGGAGUUCAUGGUAACUAAGUUAAUGGUUUAUGUACACUAAAGGAAACUUUUAUGCUCAAAGGUAGGCGGAACAAAGCUCCAUUUACUUGUAUAAGAAACAACUUCAGUCUUUCUUCUACUGAAAUCUAGGGCUUUUAAACUAAUCUUUGAAAUUAUUUUUGGAGAAAGUUCUGGAAAUGUGUAAAUUAUCUCCAACAAUUCCCCUUUCCCAAAUUAUAUGCUCCAUGGUGUAUCACAAAGAAAAUAAACAGAAAAGGUAUUGUGAUAAAUGAAUCAAUUAAAAGACUACAAGAAGACUCCAGUUGACAAUUUUGCUGUCAAGUUUCAAUCAACAUAUGCAAUUCACACAACUAAUUUAGCUCCCCUGGUCUAAGAUUCCCUAGCCUAAAAAAACUUCCAUCGUGUGUCCAUUUCAAUAGCAGAGAAUUCAUACUGCUGGAGAGAUCCCCCCCUCCCCCAAUUUCUUUCUUUCCCUAUUUUUUUCAGAUGUUUGGAGGAAAAGCUUUGAGCUUCUGCUGCCAAGAUAGGGGAACUUGCUUACAGUAUAUGAUUUAGCAAAUAAAAGGAAAACAAAGAGAAUUGGCCAAACAUAAUGCAUAUACAUGGUUUGUACUUGCAUCUUUGUUUAAAAUAUAGCUAGGGCAAUCCUGAUCAAGACCAAGUCAGUGUGUAUGCAUGUUAAAACUCUUUCCCCUCAUACAUAUAAAUCACAAAAAUUGCUCCCUGAAGCUGGGAGUUGCCCUGAAAGGAAAGCUAUCAGUGCCAAGAGCAGCUUUUCUCAUGGGGGGCAGCUUUUGGAGUGGGGGUGGUUGUUAAGACCACCGCAAGAAGGAAAGGAUUUCUAUCACUCUCCACCCCCACUGUGGUCCUAAUUCAGAUCACCCAUUUAAAAAAUAGACAGAAGGGCAAACAACACCUUGAAUAUAAAAUGUAGUUUGACUCAAAGACUAGGGCUGGACUUGUCUGUCUUUGCUACAGCCUCAGAACAAUUAAAGCUUCCAUUAUACACACACAAACAUGAGAAUUAGUCUCACUGAACCCAAUGGAUACAAAUGUGUUGGAUCUGGCUGCAAAUUGUAUGUACUGAGAUGCAGUCUGGGAAGUUGUCCAGCUCAGUUCUAUUAUUAUUAUUUUUGAGCUGUCACAGGACACAGGAAUGCUGCCAAAAGAAACAUCCCCAUAUUGAGAUCCCCCCCUCUCCCUCAUAAUGUGUACUAGCAGCCAUCAUAUGGUAUGACAUCAUAAUGUCAUAAGAUUUUUUUACUCAUACCAGCAUCAGUCAAUAAUGUAAGUGUGGGCGGAGAAAUUCACAAUGUGAUGCCAUCAUGUCAUGUAUACAUAUUUUGGGGAGAGAGAAAGAGAGUUCCACACAAAUAUGUUGUUUUUGAAGCAUAUUAUCAAAGUUGUUCUCAACAUGAAUAUCUGAAAGUAACUGGAGUCUAAAGAUGUAAUGUAGUAUGAAAAUUAAGUAUGUGCAUACAAUCUAUUUUGUGCACAGCACAGCCAGACCUUUGCUGCUGCUGCUGCUGUUUCUGCUGCUGUUGUUGUUGCUUUAAUUUUUGGUGCAGCAGUUCCUACUCCUUAAAGGACAAUCUGAUUUUUAAAGCUAAGAAGCAUGUCUCCCCAACACCCAGUGGGACAUUCUAUACCAGGGAUGGUAUCCUCUAUAUGUUGCUGAACUACAUUUCUCUCAAUCCAAGACAGCAUAGGAUGAUGGGCACUGUAGUCCAAUAUCUGCUCUAUAGCAUAACUAGAAAUAAGCAUGCUGCUGCAUACACAAAUCUGCCAUGUGUACCCUUUCGCAUACGCUUUUGUCCAGCGACCCACAUCCAGUGGAGCUGUGGGCACGCUAAUGCAGUAGCAGAGUACCAGCAAGAAGCAAGGCUGUGGAGGCAUUUGGCAUCGCGAAAGCUUCUUUAUUUACAGCAAAUCAAAACAACAAACAUAGCUAGUGUGAGCAACAGCUUCCCACAUGUCCUCUCUGUCCGAAAGCAGAGAACAAAGAAAAAAUACAAAAGCACACAGAACGGAAGUACAGUGUCUGAGUUCCGUUCCCACACUCCUAUCACAAUGGAAUGUAAACAGUGAAUCAAGAGUUCCAACAGCAAUGCGAGAAUGAAAUUACUAACACUUUGUAUCUCCUGAAUUGGCCUUUCCCCUUUUCCUUUCUCAUUAAUGCUGCCUUCUUCUGAUCUCACUGUCCUUCUCCCUUCUCUCCUAUCCUUAACCAUGAAGUUCUUUAUAGCUGAAAUGUCAUUUUCUUUACGUCCAUCAGAUAUGGGCAUAGCAGAAAUGGUGUUGCCUUUUUAUCCAAGAUUGUCAUGGCUUGCUUAAUGGUGGCAGCAUCUUUGAGCGGCAUCUUCCAUUGUGGAAAUUGCAGCAGCGCCCAUAUGAAAUUAUAUGUUCAUCUAAAUAAUCCUCCACACAAUUGUCAAUCACUCAUGAUCCUGAUGUCAGCUCUACCUGCUAACAGGGUGAUUUAACAAUGCUACCAUUAUGUGUGAAACAAAAUAUUAAAAACAUUGGUAUAUACUGUAGAGGGAAUGUGCUGUGCUGUCUUCACUCAAAGCAGUAUAACAUACUAGGGAAUAUAUGCGCUUCCAACAGCUACGUACUGGAUGUCAGAGGACGAGAGACAGAGAACUUGAGUCAAAAAAUGUAGAUUAGAUCUAUGUACCUGCAACUGAAAAGAUUGUGUGGGGGGUUUUUGGUUUGUUUUUUUAAUUAAAAAAGUCAUUUAUACAUAUCUGAUUUUUAGAAGUCAAUUUAAUAAUAAUAUAAUAAUAAUAAUAAUUUAUUAUUUGUACCCCGCCCAUCUGGCUGGGUUUUCCCAGCCACUCUGGGCGGCUUCCAACAAAGAUGAAAAAUACACUAAAAUGUCACAUAUUAAAAACUUCCCUGAACAGGGCUGCCUUCAGAUGUCUUAGACAAUCAAUUUAGACAGUCAUGGUCAAAAAUUGUUUCUAAAGUUGUUGCUUAAUCGAAAGUAUUCUCUAGUGAUAUGAAUCCAUUAUACAAAAUUGUUAAAGCAUGCUUAACAAUAUUGUGUUAAUUAUGCAAUGAUAAAUUAUUUUAUCUACCUUAACAACACUGUAGCAGUAGAUAAUUGUUCUUUUUAUGCAAGAGGAAAGUAUUUAUAAUUUAACAAAGACUAAGAACUUUGAUCAUAAUGACUGAUUUCUUUUUUUACGUAACCACUAAAAAAAUUGUAAUAAAUGUGAUUCUAGUGCACAGGACAUAUUUUCUGUGUAGUAUGAUAAAAAUCAAAAAGCCAGAGGAACCUUGUAGCUAACAAAUGCACAGAGAAAAGCAACUACCAUUCAGAACUCGUGUUAAACCUGCAGUUUAACUACUGAUUCCAAGUCACCUGAAGUCAUUUAUACUACUCUUUCGCCAUUUGUUUUAUUUCAUUUAUGCUGUAAUUCAUUCUCAGUCUUAACUAGCUAUUCUAUAUAUCCAUUUUUGCUUUGUAACUCAUUUCAAACUACUUGACAUGGACAUGAAUGUGAAACAGGAAUACUUUUAUUGUCUCUGUGUAUUCACUAGUAUAGGCUGUGCUGUACAGUGGUAGCUCGGGUUACAUACGCUUCAGGUUACAGACUCUGCUAACCCAGAAAUAGUACCUCGGGUUAAGAACUUUGCUUCAGGAUGAGAACAGAAAUCAUGCUCCAGCAGCACAGUGGCAGCAGGAGGCCCCAUUAGCUAAAGUAGUGCUUCAGGUUAAGAACAGUUUCAAGUUAAGAACAGACCUCCGGAACGAAUUAAGUACUUAACCUGAGGUACCACUGUAGUGCCUAAAUGGAAAGGAGAGAAGGCAGAAUGAGGAGGGAAAAGAGAAAGAUGGAGGAAGUUUACUGAGCGGAACAUAGGAAGGGAGAAGCAGUCUUUAUUGGUUGAGUAAAUUCAAAUAGAGAGAUUCAUGUCCCCAGUAAGGUUUUUACUGGAUAAUAACAUGUGGAGAUUGGUAUCCAGGUGGAAGAGCCAAGAGAAAGUCAAGCUGUUUUGGAGUAAGUGGCCAUAUCCAGGAAUACUCUUGAAGACUGCCAAAAUGCCAGAAAAGGUGAAUCAUGCAUUCCCAGGCUGCACUGAGGGUGAAAUGCAGAACAAGUGCCUGGUUAGGAACUCUGCUUUCAGACACAGAACUUGGACUCUCGGCUCAAGUAUUCCUGAGGACUUGAUUCUAAAGGUUAGCACAUAGUUUAAACAUAAAUUAGGAUACAGGUUGCAAAAUUAGUAGCUCAGAAGCAGGGCUCUAAGAUACAUGGCUGGCACAACCUUACACACUUUCUUUCCUCAUCUUUUCAAGGGUGUGGUGGGCACAGUCAUUCUCUUGGUUCUCUUCCCAAGCAAUGGGAGUGGGCAAGCAAGCGAACACCCCAAGUAGGCUUUGUUGGCUUGUACAGCUGCAUUUGAUGAUGCACCCUGGGAGAUGGGGCCUAAGUUUGCUUGGCCAACUUACUAUCUGACUCAGGGUCUUGCAUUUUCCCAGUUGGCAGGGCAGCCUUCAUCUCCAGUGGCAGGGUGACAGCUGGUUUGUUCAACUCUCCUUCCUCUAUUGAAACAUACGGCAGCAUGUGGAGAAUGUGGUCUCCUAGGGGACAACCCAGACCCUCUCCACCAACAGAUUCAGCAAUCUCCUUCCAUUCCUCCUCUCUCUUUCUGACAGAAUGUCAACCAAGAGGUUUUUUCGGCACAAAAGCGGGUGGACAUGUCAAGGCUACUUUCUAAAAAUAUUAUAGAAGAUGCUGGAUGGGUUCAAUGUUCUAUUGUUAUGUUGCUCACCAAAGAAGUGUGGUGGCAAAACUUUAAAUCAUCUAUGCAACAAAAAACCUUGGGCUGGACUAGUUGAUACCUAUGAAUAUGAUGUCAUAUAGUAUUUAUCAGUUCCAGCUUUCCACCUACAAGUGAUCCGAGGCCUUUAGCUGAUUAAAAUUCUAUGAUGUUUUAAGUGUGUUUGUUUUUUCAUUUUUAUAUUUUUAAGUUGUGAACUGCCUUGUGAUCUUUAGAUGAAGGGGGGUACACAAAUUUAAUUAAUCAUCAUCAUCAUCAUCAUCUGCGGGUGGUGACCUAGGUACUCGCCAUGCCCUCUAAGCAAAAAGCUUCCCCCAUGCGUAUACCUUUCUGUGAUAUUUAGACUUCCAAGCCUGAAGCAAAACUUCCAAUAUUAGAAACACAUACUGAAUACUAAAAGUAUGCUACCCGUGUGCUUAAAGUUAUGCACAUGUAUAUAAAUUUGCCUAAUAUAUGCAAGCUGGUGGUUUUUACAAUUGUAACACUGCAGGCUUUUAAGUAAGUAUCUUAUAUUGGUUUUGGGUGGGUUUUUUCCAGAAAACGAUAGGUAUUUGGUUUUCUAUUGUUCUGGUUUUUUACCUUGUCUCAUGGAUUCUCACAUUUUUUAAAAAUAAACUUGUUAUGAUUUUAAGUAUUCACAGAUUGUAAUAUACAUGUGGGUGUCUUCAAACAUCUGGUUCUCCUGGUUACCUAAAAUUGCUUCUUUUCAGAGUGAUACUCUGAAGGGGGGGAAAAGAACAUCAAAUGCUUCAUGGUUCAUGUAGCCUGCUCUUAAUCCUGGCAAUCAGAGGAAUACUGGUUUCAGGGUGUUGGCCACACUUUUUCUAUAGCUAAGCUAGAAGCCAUCUGUUGGCUUAUCUUCCAUAUAUUAGUUAUGUAAAUCCAGGGAUGUUGCUGUUGCCAUGAAUGCUGCAAAACACAUUUCUACCUGGUCUAGGGGUCGGGGCCCAGACUCACCCUGAACAGCUAAAAGAGGCUCCUGAGAGGCCAAUGAGACAUUGAUGGAACAACUCUUGGUUUGUGACAACUGGCUAAAAUAUUUUAAAAUGUUUCUAAUUUUGAUUCCUCUGAGGGGGUUUUUGUCGAGUUGGUGUUGGUUAAAUGUUUAGUUGGAGUUGAUGGUUAUUUUAAUUUGGGUGUAACUGUAAACUGUUUAGUGUUGUUGUUGUUGUUGAUUUCUAUUGAUUACUUGGUUUGUUUGUUGCUUGUAUAGGAUAUUUUGUUUUUUUAAUGUUUGAUUUGUUGUGGUUUUAUAUAUGCUGUAAGCCACCCAGAGUGGCUGGGGAAACCCAGCCAUAUGGGCAGGAUAUAAAUUUUAAAACAAGUUAUGUCUGUCAGGCCCAUAAAGAUUCAGAGGUUGCAUGAGUAUUAAUACAAGAGAUUUGGGAAUGAUGUAGUACAGAGAUUGCCAACCCAGCGCCCAUGGGCACACAUUUCAUGGCUCUCCUUUUUAUUUAUUUCCAAUGGCAGGCACUUCCUUCACCCAUGGAGGGGCUUUCUGAAUGUGUGUGCUCAAGUAUGCUCUUGCUAUGUGUGUAUUAUUGAGAGAUAUCCACUUGGGCAGAGAGAAAGAGAGUGAGAUGUCUCUCGGUGUGUGAGAGGGGGAGGGAGGAGGAAGCAUACAUGUACGUGUGAUCUGUAAGAAAGGGAAGGGUGUAUGUGCUGUGUGUACAGUCUGUGUGAGAGAUUGAGGGAUGCAUAUGCGAAGUAUGUGAUUGUGUGUGAGAGAAGCAUGUGUGUCUGUGGUCUAUAUGUGUGCAUGUGCUCUGUGUGUGUAUGUGUGUGUGAGAGAGAGGGGGACAGAAAAUGUGGUGUGGCCACAUUGUAUAUUUUCCCUGGUACAUGGAAACAUCUCCUGUUUACCAACAGCAUCAUUGUGUGCAUGAUCUGCACAAUCAGGACACGUAGGUGACUUCCCACAACAAGCAUGUGGUUAGAGGGAGUAGGGAGCAGCAAAGAUGGCCCUCUGUUUUCGUGUGAUUCCAUGCCAUCCCCAGCAGCUAUGAUAAAUUAUGCCUGUCCCUCCAUGGUACACAUUUUGUGUUAUGGCCUGCUUCCAUGAGAGCCAUUUUGUAACUGACACCUACAGCACUUUCUAACAAUUUGUAAUGCGCCUGCUGGUCCAAAAGGUUAUUAGCCCUUGAUGUAGUAAGAGAGUUCAAAAAUGCUUAGGCUGUAAUCAUAACUAGACUAAGGGAGCAAUCCUAAACUGCCCAACACCAGUGGAGCUUUAUGGUGGGUGAGAAAGCCAGUUGAAGAAAAAAAGUAUGAUGAAAAAGGGAAAUUAUGAAGGAAUACUAAGGAAGCGUUUGUGGUUUUUCUGAAACUUGCUUGUAUAGCAUGUGAAUCUUAAUGGUUCGUUCUUUAAACUUCACUGUGUGCUUCAUUCUAAUCUGCACACUUCAUAUGAUGCUCUACAUUUCAGACCCUCCUGCAGCUAUAAAAGGAAGUAAUUAAAGCUGUUUCCAAUCUGUUUUUCUGUGUGUUGUUGCAGAGCAUGAGCUAAUAUCAGAGUGUCAAAAGGACUGUCAUGUUGUUAUCAGUGUGCAUGCAUAAAUGAAAAGAUUACAGCAGUUUGUUUUAUCAUCAAUUUUUAAACUCUUCAAUAAAAACAUAGUUUUAAUAAAAUAUAACUCAUGCAGUUAAAUCAAAUUUCUUUCAUUUGUUUCCAUUAGGAUCAAUUACCCAUAUAGGUUUUUUAAAGCAAUUGAAAUCCUUUGUUGGCUGUUGUGUCUUUUUCACUUUAGUUUUCUAAGAAAGUGAGAAAAUGUGACUUUACACAUACACACAGAUGCACACACACACAAACAAAUAUAUAUUUAAGUCAUCACUUUAUACUUAAACAUUAUUUUUAUUUCUUUUAGGUGGAAAAAUAACCAGUCUCUGCCUUAAAGUUUUACAACAGUGGGGAAAAGUUUCAUUUUCUCCCAGAAUUAUGGAUAUAAAAGAUCGAAGGCACCGCUCUUUGACAAGAGGCAGGUGUGGAAAGGAAUGUCGCUACACAAGUUCAUCACUGGACAGUGAGGACUGUAGAGUGCCUACUCAGAAGUCCUAUAGUUCAAGUGAGACACUGAAGGCUUAUGAUCAUGACACCAGAAUGCACUAUGGAAAUCGAGUUACUGACCUAGUUCACAGAGAGUCUGAUGAGUUUCCAAGACAAGGUAUGUUCUAAGACCCUUUUUUUUUUUUUUACUUCAAUGAUACCAUUACAGUACUAUAUUUAAGUGUCCAUGCAGUUACUCUGCAUUUGUAUGGGAAGAUGUGUUCAGUUGUGAUUUGACAUGCAAGUACAAAAUUCAGUUUUCAUUGUGAAGUGAAGUGGUGAAUAUGUUAGCUUUGUCAUAUUCAGAAAGCCUUUCUAGAUUCCUCCUUUUAACAUAGAGGUAUUAAUAAUUAUUAGUAUUAACCAGCUGUCAUGUUGUCAUAUUUCUGGAGAGGCCCACAUAUUAUACCCUUGUGUUAUGUCACUAAGGUUCAUUACAGGUAUAAUAGAGACAUUUUCACUACUUAUUUUUUUAUGGGACUAGCAUUACUGAUAAGUAAAACAUUGUGAUUAACAUUUGAUAAUCAUUACCUAUGAGGUACUUGGAAUUUAUCCCAUAUUUCUUACAGAAGUGAAUUGAAAUGUGGAGAAUGUACACUUUUCUCUGACACCAUUUUGUCACUGCAUAAGCCUUACAUUUAAUUUAAUUUAAAAAUGGAGGGAGAAGACCCAUCUAAUUAUUUUCAAGUUCAUUAGUAGUUUGUUAGUGCCUCACACAGAAUCAAAACCCCACAUUAAAUUUUAGAUUGAUAUAAAUUUUUCACAUGAAUGUGUAAACUUCCUUUGAUAGCUUUUUUCCAUUAUAACAAAAACGAUUGAGAGAAGUAUCUUUACAUGUUGUUUUUACUUUGCGUACAUUUCUUUCUAUGUUACUUUAAGUGACAAUUUAUUAUGCUUCAAUGUCUUACCCUUUUCAGUGUGUGAAUAAUUCAAAUACAGAAAAACAUAGCCCAGACUUGUGAUAUGAAAAGUUCCAGAUAGUCUGGCUAUUAAGAGAUAGUUGCAUUCCUAAGACAGGCAUAAAUGGUGGGUGGGGAAAACCAGCACACUUUUCAACUCUCCAGUUGUCAUAUAGAAUGAUAUUAAGUCCUAUAAUCCCUUUGUAAGAUUGAUGCCAAUGAAGUUAUUUCUGUUGCUUUUCCUAGCCCAGAAUGAAUCCUAG